ACAUCCUAGAGACAAUUAUAGCAGGAGACGACAUGGGUGGACUACCGACACCUCGGGACCGAUGACAAGCCUCCAUGUGAACUUGGAUCCGAGGACAUUUUCUCCACCAAUCUCUCCUAUUAUUGUUCCCUUGCCAGGUCUGAGACUUUUUGUUCUGAAAAUUCGAGUAUUUGCCGGUAGAGUGGAGGAAUAGAUGGCGAUUUGCUCCCCCUCGUCGGAGUCGUCGUCGGCGACGAGCGGCCGGGCCUGGAUAGUCCACGCGCUGGUAGCCGGCGCGGCGGUGGCGGUGGGUGCCCACGCGGCAGCAUAUUUCAAGUGGUUCAGGAAGGGCCGGAGUCGGGUGGUGGGGAUCAUCCCUGCGCGGUUCGCUUCCUCGCGAUUCGAGGGGAAACCCCUGGUCCAUAUUCUUGGGAAGCCCAUGAUCCAGAGAACAUGGGAGAGAGCAAAGUUGGCUUCUACUUUGGACCAUAUUGUUGUGGCAACGGAUGAUGAGAGGAUUGCAGAAUGUUGUAGAGGAUUUGGAGCUGAUGUGAUAAUGACAUCAGAAUCAUGCCGAAAUGGAACUGAACGCUGCAAUGAAGCACUUCUAAAGCUUGGAAAACAUUAUGAUAUUGUUGUCAAUAUCCAAGGAGAUGAGCCUCUUCUUGAACCGGAUAUAAUAGAUGGCAUUGUUAGAGCUUUGCAGGUGGGAGCUCCUGAUGCAGUUUUCAGUACUGCUGUCACAUCCUUGAAACCUGAAGAUGGACUUGACCCGAACAGGGUAAAGUGUGUUGUGGAUAAUCAUGAUUAUGCAAUCUACUUCUCAAGGGGUUUGAUCCCAUAUAACAAGUCAGGAAAAGUCAAUCCACAGUUUCCCUAUCUACUUCAUUUGGGCAUUCAGAGCUUCGAUUCAAAGUUCUUAAGGAUCUAUCCGCAGCUUCCACCUACUCCACUGCAACUAGAAGAAGACCUUGAACAACUUAAAGUUCUUGAAAAUGGAUACAAGAUGAAGGUAAUCAAGGUUGACCACGAUGCCCAUGGUGUAGACACUCCUGAAGACGUUGAAAAAAUAGAAGCACUUAUGCGAGAGAGGAGCAUUUCAUAGAAGAGAAGGCGUAUGUGAAGAAAGACAUGUGAUGCGUACAUCAGAAAAAGGCCUUGUUUGGUGCAUUCUCCAAAGUGGGUUGACAUCAUUUUUGAUUUAGUUGUCAGCUAUCCUCGGUACUCUGUGAUUUAUUCUCUGCUCAUGUUGUUUAUUUAGUUUUUAGAGUGUGGCCACAUUUAUCAUGACUUAAUCAAUAAAGAACACAGAACCAUUGGUGACGU